AAGGAGACCAUGCGCUGUACGGGAAUCUCCCGCAAUUCAACAGGCCCUAGAGGAAGGCAGUGCCAGUCCUUCAUGCAUACGACCCGCUCCUUGUCGAACCACACCUAUCUAUUUCUCAUGAAACAGGACUGUCCUUACCGGCCCCCGCCUUCUACAGCUUUUUGCUUUCAUAAAGGGAGGGUGCGCCAAUGGCGGUCACUCAAUGCGGGUGCUUUGUCGUCGUCUUUCCAUCCGAAUGCUACGCCUCCAUAUCUUGUGCUUAGCCGCGUAUGUCGCUGUGGCGGCCGCGAUUGAAGCGAAGCGCGAACCCGAUGGAAUCGCUUGGUUCUCAUGUAGCAUCCUCGACCCGUUAUAUGGUGUCGUCGGUCCCGCACUCAAUGCGUCCUGCGUGUGUGGUUACCACGAAGUGCCAUUGGACUAUGCGGACGAGUCCGCGGGUAAUGCCAGGCUUGCGGUGGGCAUCUAUCCAUCCACAGCAGAGCGCUGGGGCACGGUCUUUACCAAUCCAGGCGGACCCGGUCUGUCAGGCAUCGAAUUCCUGUUCGAAUACGGCCCGUAUAUCAGCGCAGCCACAGGCGGCCACUACGACGUCGUUUCCUGGGAUCCCCGCGGCUCGCAGGGACAGACGUUACCCGGCGCGCCAGCCUGCUUCGAUAGCCCCGCAGACAAGAUCGAAUUUUUCAAGGGCACACUCGAAGCGACGGGGAUUGACAUCAAAGGCAACCUGACCGACCAUGGCCAAGUCGAUGAGCUGUACUCGCACGUUGAUGAGAUGGAGGCGAAGUACGUUGAGCUGGGGACACGAUGCGCGCUGGGUGAACAGGGGAAGACACUGCCUUACCUGGGCACGGCAGCGACGGUGCGGGAUAUGGUCUCACUUGCGGAUGUGCUUGACCCGGGGGUAAACGAGAUCAACUACUGGGGUUUCUCGUACGGCACGAUGCUGGGCUUCACGUUCGUCAAUAUGUUCCCCGACCGUGUUGGCCAUGUCGUCCUCGAUGGAUGCAUGAACCCCAUACUCUACGCCGAUAGACCUAUCACGGAGUAUCUUCCCAACUUCGUUGAGGGCACUGACAGCACAUUUGCCGGCUUCGCUGCUGGAUGCGCCGCGGCGGGCAAAGACGGCUGCGCGCUCGUUGUCAACGGCAACGAAACCGCUGUGGACAUCAUCAACAGCGUCCAAGGCUUGCUGGACCUUGCACACGAACUCGUGGUGGCUGGUGUCGACAUGAGCCAGAUACCGACGUCUGCCGAAGUCCGCGGUCUCCUCAACGGAGCCAUGUACGCGCCUACUCAGUGGUCCGCCCUUGCCACCGAGAUCGCCGUUUACGCCUCCGCAUUGGAGCUUCUUGCCACCAACCAGACCAUCCCGCCCGCUCUCGCAUCGGUAUUAGCGCAAGCCAAAAGCAGUUUCUCAACAAGCCCAACGUACGGACUGCAGGCUGUGACCUGCGCGGACAGCGUCGACGCGGGCAAGAUGACCAUGCGGGGCGCGUUCGACGCCAUCGUGAAUGCCUCCACGAACGUGUCGCCAAUGUUUGGCCCGCAGUGGGGGACGGCAGGGGCUCUGUGCUUCGCUUGGCCGGCGCGUGCUGUGGAGCGGUAUACGGGGCCGUGGAACAACAAGUUGAAGAGUCCGAUCCUCGUCAUUGGGAACACGUUUGACAACAUUACGCCCUUCCAGAAUGCGCAACUCAUGGCCGAUUUGCUGGGCGAUAGCGCUGUUCUCCUGGAGCAGGUCGGCUAUGGGCAUUCGUCCCUUGCGGAGCAGUCCUCUUGUACGAUCGGCGUCGUGGCUGAGUACUUCACGAAUGGCACGCUUCCGGAGGGCGACGGGACGAAGUGCGAUAUCGACGAUAGUGUCAUCCUAUUCCCGAAAUCCAACGUCACACAGGCCAUGGUGCGACGAACUAUCCUUGCAGCCAAAGGUAUCCGUCUGUAGGGUUGGCAAUGCAGUGUCCACUCGUCGAAGCUUGCUAAUUUGCUUUCACUCUCCUUUCGUACUGUAUGAUUCAAAGCCCCUCUGCGCUAUAUUAUGGACUUGACCCGGAUGCAGU